GUUCUUGGUCUUGGAAGAACCGGUCUCGACUCAAACCCAGAUCUCCACUGACAUGGACUUCUCAAUGAACUCCCCAGGCUGCCAUCUUGGAAAGCUCUCUGACAACUCUGCCACAGCCGGUCUCAUCAAAAGUGAGAGUGACUCAGAGUGCAGACAGCAGACACAAGACUUUGUGGACUGGCAGCGACGGAACAAUCUUCUGAUCAAUGCGGUGAGAUCCACCAUCCAGGAGCUGGACUUCCGCAUGCACAGACCCAUCACACUGACACUGCUGAACAUCCAGGCAGGGGACAUUGAGAUACUGGACACUUAUGAGUACCUGGAUGUUCACCUGAACAAUAAACCGGACUGGAUUCAUAACACCGAUGAUCAGAGCAGACCCUACCUGCUGAGGAGACUGAGGUCUUUUGGCGUGCAGAGGGCGCUCCUCAAGACAUUCUCUGACUCUGUAGUGGCAUCAGCCGUCUUCUUUGGUGUAUUAUGUUUGAGCAGCAGCUUAUCUACGGCUGAGAAGAAGUGGUUGGAUAAGCUCAUCAGGAAGGCCAGCUCUGGGGAGAGCCUUUGUCCAAGUGCCAGUGGUCGGAGACAGGAGACCUCUGGCUCAAAUAACGUCACUGAUGGACAAUGUCUCCUACCCCAGUGGCGGUUGUUGAACUGGAGAGCUCCUUCAGUCACAGACUGCUGUAUUGUAGGUGAAUAAAGGUCCUUAUCACAGAUUCUUCCUCCAAGCAGCUGUAAGACCUUUAAACCACCACUGCUCCAAACAAACUCAAGAAGUGCUUACAUUCCUGCAGUUAUUUGCAGAUUUUCUUUUUCAUUUCUUAAAUAAACCAAAAGUC